GCUGCUUUUCCCAACGACGGGGACCUGCCGUCCUCGGAUUUCUUUUCCUGUAAGCCUUUACAUACAUAUGUAGAAUUGGCAUCUUCCCUCACCGUCCCUCCUUCAUCGUUAUAUACUAUCGUUAUAUAUUAGUUAGCUUAACUCUCUCUUGCUUUUUUCGUUUACUCUCCUCCCCCCCGGUUGAGCUCAAUUGCAUUCCUCUGCUGUGCACUAGGAAAGACCAAAGUAAGACAUCCAUCAUAUCACCCCGCCAAUAUCGGAUAUUUCCUUGUAUUUCUAACCCACGACGUUGUAGAUGUCGGCCGCAACUGUGUCCCGCCAGAUGGCCCGCGCGGCCCUGCGCACCUCCGCUAGGAACACAUUCGCUACGUCUUCUCGGCAAGCAUUCCGACAACACGGCCGACGAUUCUACUCGUCGGAGCCUCCCAAGACCUCUGGCUCAUCUAGCUCAUCGAGCCUGAUCUACCUGGGGGCAGGUGCCGUCGUUGCGGGUGGUGCCGGCUACUACUUCUACACCUCAAACAACUCGGGUAGCACCAAGGUGUUCUCGGCCACCAAGGACGACUACCAGAAGGUGUACAACGAGAUCGCUAACCGCCUUGAGGAGAACGAUGAGUACGACGAUGGCAGCUACGGCCCCGUCCUCGUUCGUCUCGCGUGGCACGCCAGCGGUACCUACGAUAAGGAGACGGGUACCGGUGGCAGCAACGGUGCUACCAUGCGAUUCUCCCCUGAGGGUGAUCACGGCGCAAACGCUGGCUUGAAGCACGCUCGGGACUUCCUUGAGCCUGUGAAGGCCAAGUUUCCCUGGAUCAGUUACUCUGAUCUCUGGAUCAUCGGCGGUAUUGCUGCCAUCCAGGAGAUGCAAGGCCCCGUCAUCCCGUUCCGACCCGGCCGUCAGGACGGAGAUGCCGCAGCCUGUACUCCUGACGGACGUCUUCCCGACGGUGCCAAGGGAACCCCUCAUCUCCGUGACAUCUUCUACCGCAUGGGUUUCAACGACCAAGAGAUCGUCGCCCUUGCCGGUGCUCACGCCCUCGGUCGUUGCCACACCGACCGAAGUGGGUACGACGGACCGUGGACCUUCUCUCCCACCGUCCUGACCAACGACUAUUACCGCCUACUCCUAGAGGAGAAGUGGCAGCUGCGCAAGUGGGAUGGCCCCAAGCAGUACGAGGAUGUCAAGACCAAGUCGCUCAUGAUGCUGCCGGCAGACUACGCCCUUAUCCAGGACAAGGCAACGAAGCCUUGGGUAGAGAAGUACGCCAAGGACAAUGACCUCUUCUUUAAGGAUUUCGCUGCUGCCGUUACCAAGCUCUUUGAGCUGGGUGUGCCUUUCAAGCAGGACACCGAGAAGAUCACCUUCAAGCCUGUUAAUGCUUAAAUUUAAUGAGAUACCAUAUGAUAGAGUUAGAGGGGGCGCAUUAGAAAAGAUGUAAAAGAGGAAGGCAAGGCAAGGCUAGAGUUAGACCUAGACCUAGACCGAGAACUUUAGAGAGACCUAGAAGCGACGUCGCGUCGUGACUGUCGAUGGGAGAACUGACGAGACGUGUUAGAGUGGGACACCUGCCCUCGAGCAGGGCUUGAUUGAGCUAUACUGUUUCCAUUAGCCUAUAUAGUUGCGUAUUCGAUCUUGUUUAAUCGAAGCUUAAGAUCUAUAUAUCAACGAAGUUGUUCCCAUUUCUAUAUUCGUUCAUGUGUUAGGUAUUGUACGUACGUCGUGCUUGUUUGCUUACCUAGGUACCUAGGUAUGUACUAUGUGACGGGGUAAAGCUGG